AUGGUCAGGAGGCUGGUUUGCAGAAGUCAUGCUCCAAAUGACACCUUGCUCGCCAGACCACCGGCCAGGAAAUGGCUUCGACGUGCAGUCUGGUCAUCUGUAGCCUUCCUCGCCGCCUUCUGCUUCCGGCAGAAGGCAGCCGUGGCCGCAGGAGCGGCCGCCUUGACGAAGACCUGCCUCCUGAACUGGCUCAAGGCGGGAAGACAUUUCGUCAACUCUUCCAUAGAUGACUUGCUGAUACUCCUCUUUGCCACGACCCUGAUUGUGCCUCUGAUGAAGAAGCUCCGCACUUCGCCAAUCAUCGGGUUCUUGCUCAUCGGCCUGAUCCUGGGGCCAGCUGGUGCAGAUGUGAUCCGGCAUAUUGAGGUGAGCCAUCGAAUUGCCGACUUUGGCAUUAUCUUCUUUCUCUUCGAGACUGGGCUAGAGCUUUCUGUCAAGAAGGUGGUCUCCAUGCGAGGUGAUGUCUUUGGACUCGGCAUGGCCCAGUUUCUGAUCACCGGUGGCCUGUUGUCCCUCCUCUCGCCUUUGAUCUCGUCUCAGCUGUCAACCGGAGCCUCCUUGCUGAUGGGGGGCGGCCUGGCGCUGUCAUCAUCGGCCUUUGCUCUCCAGCUCUUGCGUGACAAGCGCCAAUUGGGCACUCGCUUCGGACGCGCGUCCUUGGGGGUGCUUCUGUUCCAGGACAUGGCAGUCGUGCCGCUGCUGGUGCUAGCGCCAUUGUUGGGUGACCCUGGUGGAGCUGCAUUGCCGGUGGCCAUAGCAGAGUCAUUCGGCAAGGCCGUGCUAGCUCUUGGCAUAGUCGUAGCAACCGGCCAUUUCUUCCUUCGGCCACUCCUGGCGUUCGUGAAGCGCUCGGACUCCUCGGAGGCCUUCCUGGCUGUCACCUUGGGGACGGUGCUUCUUUCCUCCAGCCUCACACAGGCCUUUGGGCUCUCGGAGACCUUGGGCGCUUUUGUUGGAGGCGUCCUCGUCGCGGAGACCGAUUACAAGCACCAGAUCGAG